AUGGCCACCUCAACUAUGAAGCUUUUCAUCACAAUUCUCUUGUGUGUCUUCUUUUCUCAAGGUUAUAGCAAAUGCUCUUUGGAAGAUAUUCAUGUAAGCCAAGCAAUAACUGGACUUACAGUGAAGGGGAAGCAAGAACUGAAUGUGACUAUUGCAAAUUGGUGUUCUUGUGCUCAAUCAAAUCUGAAACUUGAUUGCAGAGGAUUUCAAUCCACGAAACCAAUAGACCCUUCAAUUUUGAAAGUUUCUGGCAAUGUUUGUCUUGUUAAUGGUGGAAAACCUAUAUUAGAGGGUGCUGUUGAAUUUAGCUAUGCUUGGAAUACUCCAUUUUCAUUUGAUCCUAUUUCUUCAAAUAUUUCUUGUCAUUGA